AUGCGGGAGUGGCGGAGGCAGUGGGUGAGCCACCUGGCAGUGACCACCACCUUGCCGUCGCUCUCUGCCCUCACGCACAGCUCGUCCUCCUGGCGGGGUGGAUGGGCAAGAAGGGAGGAGGGGUGGAUGGGUGGUGAGGGGGAUGGGCAGUGGGGGAGGCGUGGACAGCAGCGCCAGUGGGCAGUGUCAUCACCACCAUUAUCACCUUGGUGUCACUCUCUGCCCUCCCACGCUCUCUGCCCUCCCACGCUCUCUGCCCUCCCACGCUCUCUGCCCUCCCACGCUCUCUGCCCUCCCACGCUCUCUGCCCUCCCACGCUCUCUGCCCUCCCACGCUCUCUGCCCUCCCACGCUCUCUGCCCUCCCACGCUCUCUGCCCUCCCAGGCUCUCUGCCCUCCCAGGCUCUCUGCCCUCCCACGCUCUCUGCCCUCCCACGCUCUCUGCCCUCCCACGCUCUCUGCCCUCCCACGCUCUCUGCCCUCCCAGGCUCUCUGCCCUCCCACGCUCUCUGCCCUCCCACGCUCUCUGCCCUCCCGCGCUCUCUGCCCUCCCACGCUCUCUGCCCUCCCACGCUCUCUGCCCUCCCACGCGCUCUGCCCUCCCACGCGCUCUGCCCUCCCACGCGCUCUUCUGCUCUCGCACACUCUCUGCCCUCGCACGCUCGCUGUUCUCGCGCAUGGAGUGUUCUGCUGGGGAGAAAAGACAUCCGCGCGCGCCAUGGAUUUCGACGAGUUUCACCUCUUGCCCGUCGAGCACGCGAGCCAGGCCCAUCGAUGGCUCGCGGUCGGGUCGUGCAAUCUCGUCACAGCCUCGCUCGUCUUCUUCCUCAUUCGCCACCUACCCAAAGGCCUCCCUCGCCUCCUCGCCCUCUCCCCCAUAAUUCUCCUCAACGUCGUCGUCCCCUGCGUUUUUUCCGCCGCGAAACGCGGCGAGUGCAUCGAGAAGGGCCUCGUGUUCUGGACCGUGUCGUGGCUCGGCAAUUUCCGCCUGCUCGCUCUCGCGUGGAACCGCGGCUCGCUCACGGACCCCGAUUACUCCUCCAGCUUUCUUCAAUUUCUCGUCGCACUGUACAUGCCCAUGCGAAAUCGCGUUCGCGAUACGGCGAAAACCGCCGUCUUUUCGCCUGAAACCCCCAACAGAAAGCAGUCCCGCCGCCACAAGCAGCCCGCAUCCGAAUCCUCGCCCCAGCUGCUUCUGCGAGGCGCAUUUAAAGCCUUCCUCCUAUCCCUCACCAUCCGAGCAUAUGCUUUCAACCUCCCCGCGCCGGCCAUCACGCUGCUGCACAGCGCGAACCUCUUCCUCUUCGUCACGCUCCUCUGCGAGCUCGUCGCAGGGGUCGUCGCCGCCGUCGCCCCGCGCUUCGCCGUGGAGCCACACUUCCGUCGCCCGUACCUAGCGACGUCGCUGGGAUCGUUCUGGGCGCGACGGUGGAACCUCGUGGUGAGCGGCAGCCUGCGCGAGACCGUCUACGAACCCGUAUUAGAUUGGCUUGAACGCCCGUGCUCAACGGAAGGAGAGAAGGCAGCUGAGAAGAGAGCGCGAGGGAAGGAGGGUAAUUCUGAGUUUGGAAAUGGGUACCCAGCAGCCAGUGGGGGGCAUGAUGCGGUGAAUGGUCGCGGCUGCGGGGUUUCUGAUGGGUUUGAAGCGGUUGAGAAGAUUAAUGGGUGCAGUAGGAAGGUGAAUGGUUACAGUGAGAAGAUGAACGGCUGCAGUGAGAAGGUGAAUGGUUACAGUGAGAGGAUCAACGGCUGCUAUCAAAGGAGCAGUCGGAAGGAGGAAAUGGGUUGUGUGAACGGGUCUGGAGAGAAUCAGAAAGGGCUCACUGACAACUGUGGUGACACUUAUUGGUUCCACAAGGCAAAAGCAACGAAGCAGAACGGAUGCGCUGCACCUGCUGCCGCUGCUGGUACUACCGGUACUUCUCCAAACAGGCACAGACGCCAUGUGAGCUUCCCCAGGGCAGCAGCAACAAUAGCCUCGUUUGCUGUAUCCGGAGUGAUGCACGAGCUGGUGAUUCUGUACAUAGGCGGAGCCAUGACAGGCGAGCAGAUGGUGUUUUUCACCCUACAUGGAGUACUGACUGUGGCAGAGGCAUGGGUGAGGAAGGAGUGGGGGAGGAGAGAGCUGGUGCCGAUACCUAAGGUGGUGGCAGGAGGGCUGGCUCUUGGGUUGCUGCUGUCCACAGGCCAUGUGCUCUUCUUUGAGCCGUACCAGCGGUUAGGUGUCAUAGGGUGUGUUGUGGAGGGGCUUCAAGCCCACUCCUCGCAACUCAUACCGUAA